GCGACGCCGUGAAUUCAUUACUGUAAACAUCUCCCGGGGGGUGUCAGGAGGGGCGGGGGUGGGGGCCGCCGCGCCUACAAAGCCCGGCCGCGUCGGAUCCGGGCGGCAGUGAGGUCGGAGCCGCCUCCAGCCCCACGCGGGACCGGCUGGAGAGAGCCCGGCGCAGCGCCCCGCCGGGGUCCGCGCAGGGGGCACCCGGGCGUCGGAGGCCAGUCCUCCCGGCUCUCCAGACGCCCCCCUCCCCCGGGAUCCUCCUUCUCUGGAGGAUCCCCGACCCUAGGGACUGCCGAUCACCGAUCACCGCCUUUUCCCUCCGCUCGCUCUCUUUCUUUGGAGACCGGUCGGCGGGGGAGCCGGGAGGCAGCGGGGGGGCCCGGCGGCCGGCGCGCAGAGAGAGGGGCAUGCCCCAGCCCUGCGGGCGGAGGUGGCGGAGGCCGGGGGGAGACGAUGCCGCGGCUCGGUAGGGGAGACAGGCGAGAGCGAGAGAGGCGAGCGGGGCUCCCGGGCUCCCGCCCGCUGCGGGGAGGCUCGAGCCGCGGUCUGAGGCUCCUCAGGCCUCCGCACCCCCGCGCCCCGACGCUGCGGGCGACCCGGCCGGGCUCCCGCAGCCGCCACGGUCGUCGCCGCCUCCAGCCGGAGGAGCGGGCAAAAGUUUGGAUCUGGGGGAGGACGCGGCGCUGAGCGGGAUUACCGGCAGGCCAGAAGGAUACCACGGAACGCUUGGCAGGUUGCAGAUUGAGUUUAACCGAGAAGUUCAUAGGCUGACUAACGCUGAUCGGAACUACUAUCGGAGAAGGGUCUUCCGCCUGCCCAGCUGGGCCCCUACUGAGCGCUCAUAACUUGGCUUCCUUAGUUGCCUGUGCAGAAAAUUAUUGCGUGGAGCGUCUAUAUAGAAAAUUUUCUCUAUUGAAUUUUUGCUCCUUUGUUUGAAUUUUAAUUUUUUGCACAUGGAGGACAACAGCAAGGAGGGCACCACAGGUUGAUAAGACCAGAGGCCACAGGAAGAUCCUUCCACCGUUGGCCUUUGGGACUUUUUCUCUGGUUGGAUUUCUAGACUGUAACAGACCCCAUCCAAUCAUUUUCGUUUUGCUUUUUUUUCCCCCCCUUCUUCUUCUUCAUCUUUUUCUUUUGCCCAGCGCAUUGUAUUUGAUUUCUGUACUUCAGCAAUGGGCCUGCAGACCACACGGUGGCCCAGCCAUGGGGCCUUUCUCCUGAAAUCCUGGCUUCUCAUUUCCCUGGGGCUCUGCUCACAAGUGUCCAAAGUCCCGGCGUGCCCCAGCGUGUGCCGCUGCGACCGCAACUUCGUCUACUGCAACGAGCGCAGCCUGACCUCAGUGCCUCUUGGGAUCCCGGAGGGCGUAACCGUGCUCUACCUCCACAACAACCAAAUCAACAACGCGGGCUUCCCUGCGGAACUGCACAACGUCCAGUCGGUGCACACGGUCUACCUGUACGGCAACCAGCUGGACGAGUUCCCCAUGAACCUCCCUAAGAACGUCCGCGUCCUCCACUUGCAGGAGAACAACAUCCAGACCAUCUCGCGGGUGGCCCUGGCCCAGCUCCUGAAGCUGGAGGAGCUGCACCUGGACGACAACUCCAUCUCCACGGUGGGCGUGGAGGACGGGGCUUUCCGGGAGGCGGUCAGCCUCAAGCUGCUGUUUCUCUCCAAGAACCACCUGAGCAGCGUCCCCGUGGGGCUGCCCGUGGACCUGCAGGAGCUGCGGGUGGACGAGAACCGGAUCGCCGUCAUCUCGGACAUGGCCUUCCAGAACCUCACGAGCCUGGAGCGGCUCAUCGUGGACGGCAACCUCCUGACCAACAAGGGCAUCGCCGACGGCACCUUCGGCCACCUCACCAGGCUCAAGGAGUUCUCCAUGGUGAGGAACUCGCUCUCCCACCCGCCGCCCGACCUCCCGGGCGCGCACCUGCUCCGGCUGUACCUGCAGGACAACCAGAUCACCCACAUCCCCCUGACGGCCUUCGCCCACCUCCGCAAGCUGGAGCGCCUGGACAUCUCCAACAACCGGCUGCGCGCGCUCACCCGCGGGGUCUUCGACAGCCUCUCCAACCUGAAGCAGCUCACGGCACGCAACAACCCGUGGCUCUGCGACUGCGGCAUCAAGUGGGUCACCGAGUGGCUCAAGUACAUCCCUCCCUCCCUCAACGUGCGCGGCUUCAUGUGCCAGGGGCCCGAGCAGGUGCGGGGUAUGGCUGUCAGGGAGCUGAAUCUGAAUCUCCUGUCGUGUCCCACCACGACCCCGGGCCUGCCCGUCUUCACCCCUGCUCCCAGCACCGCUGCUCCGACCACUGAGCCACCCACGCCCUCCGCCCCCACCCCCGGCAGGAGCUACCCGCCUCCGACCCCCACCGCCUCCAAGGUCCCCACGUUGCUGGACGACGGGGAUGGCAGAGAGAGGGGGACCCCGCCUCUGUCGGAGCGCCUCCAGCUGUCGGUGCAUUUCGUGAACGACACGUCCAUCCAGGUCAGCUGGCUGUCCCUCUUCGCCGUGAUGGCCUACAAGCUCACGUGGGUGAAGAUGGGCCACAGCCUGGUCGGGGGCAUCGUGCAGGAGCGCAUCGUGAGCGGGGAGAAGCAGCACCUGAGCCUGGUCCACCUGGAGCCCAGGUCCACCUACCGCAUCUGCCUGGUGCCCCUGGACGCGUUCAACCACCGGGCGGCGGAGGACACCGUGUGCUCCGAGGUCACCACGCUCGCCUCGUAUCUGAACAACGGCAGCAGCAGCAACACGGCCUCCAGCCACGAGCAGACGACGACGCCCCACAGCCUGGGCUCCCCGUUCCUGCUGGCAGGCCUGAUCGGGGGCGCCGUGAUCUUCGUGCUCGUGGCCCUGCUGGGCGUCUUCUGCUGGCACAUGCACAAGAAGGGGCGCUACACGUCCCAGAAGUGGAAGUACAACCGCGGCCGGCGGAAAGACGACUACUGCGAGGCGGGCACCAAGAAGGACAACUCCAUCCUGGAGAUGACGGAGACCAGCUUCCAGAUCGUCUCCUUAAAUAACGAUCAGCUCCUUAAAGGAGAUUUCCGACUGCAGCCCAUUUACACCCCGAACGGGGGCAUCAGUUACACGGACUGCCACAUCCCCAACAACAUGCGGUACUGCAACAGCAGCGUGCCAGACCUGGAGCACUGCCACACGUGACGGCCUGGCCCGCGGGGACCCUCCCGGGAACAUACAAACACACACACACACACACACACACACACACACACACACACACACGUGUGUGUGUGUGUGCGGCCUAGAGACACGCAGAUUACAUUUGAUAAAUGUUCCUCAGAUGCGUUUGUGCAUUUGAAUACUCUGUAAUUUAUACGGUGUACUAUAUAAUGGGAUUUAAAAAAAAAAGUGCUAUCUUUUCUAUUUCAAGUUAAUUACAGACGGUUUUGUAACUCUUUUGCUUUUUAAAAAUCUUACAAAAAUAUAUCUAUAGUCGCUGAAGUACUGUACAGGGUGGUACAAAAGAGAACCCAACGCCAAGGCGAGAGAGAAAACCGGUGAUUUCUUCCUUCUGAUGCACAUUCACCACUUUGCUGUUGACGCUGUCAGGACACAUGCCUUUUCCUAGAGCUGGUGGUCAGACAAAAGGGGCCCUGCAAAUGGACUCAUCAGGGUAGGAGACAUUAAUGGGGGUCAAGCAAAGGAUGGCCCAGAUAUGUUCAGGCUAUCUCUAUACUUCUUGGUCUGGAAGAAAAGUUUUUUUUAAAAAAAUGCCAAAAUAUAAGAAAGGAGGUAGUUACCCUGAGUUGACCCAAAGCAGGAAAUGGAGAGAGCAUCACCAGGAAGGCAGUUCCUGUGAGAUGCCUUAACCCAAACGGGCGGCAUCAAGAAAAUGAAGCGAGUUUUGAACGGACUCUCAAACCUGGGGGUUGGUGUUCAGACCAGGAACUUAAAAAAAAAAUCACUCCUCAUCCUUCCCUGGUCCUAUGUGAUGACAGAGUUAGAGACCCGAGUCUGAUUCGACUCAUCUUCAGGGACAUGUACGAUGUCCCAGCAAGAAGAUUUCCCUUUAGAAGUGUUACUAUUCAAAGUAUAUGUCAGGUUGAAUCACAUUCAACAGAGAUAUAUUCUAGAAUACUUUUUUUAGAAGAGGCUAAUAAAAAAUAAUGGGAAGAUUAUAUUGAAUGGAAUUAUUUUUGAUAAUGAGAAUUAUUUGGUAGAGUCACUGCAGCUAUGUCAACAUGAUAUUGAGACAAACAAGGGGUCAUCAAUGUUUGGAAUAGACUAAAACAGCUUGGCAGUUAAAAAUUAUUGAUACUCUUCAGAACAAAAGCAAGAGAUCAGUGGUUCUGCUAUAUGGUCAACUGCCUUUGUUAGUAUCAUGUUGAAAUAGCUUGAACUAAUACCUUUAACCCCUGGCAAAUUCUUGUCUUCCAGUCACCUCACCUAUAUUUUCAUAAUUAGCUGUUUAUGCUGUUUGUUUUUCUCCCUGCUCUGCUCAAAAUUUGAAAGAAAAUUAUGGAUGCCAGUUUUGGUUGCACAAAAUAUCCAUAUAUAUUUUAAGAUGUAUACUAAUUUUCACCGCUAAUAAUUCUAUGAGGACACAUCAAAACUGAACAAAAAUGCAUUUAAAACAAACAAACAAUAUUGAGUUUUCUCCUUGGACUGACUUUGAUUCUGUCCCAUUUUGAAAUUUUAUUUAUUCCUUUUCAAUCUUGGAUGUUCCUCUUCUUUGGGAAUUGCAGAGGGAUAAUCAAUCUUAUAUUAACAUGAUAACAGAUGAAAAAUGAACAAGUCAGAGAGCCAAGUUUUUCCCCUAAUCUUGGCAGGGCUGGGCACAGAGCGGAGGGCAUAGAGAAGAGAGGGAUGUCCAUGCUUCAAUCUGGACCGUUUUGAGGCAAUGCCCAUCUUCAGAAAGCAUAUAUAAUUUCCUCCUUUCAAUCCCUUAGAUUUAGAAGGGCUAUAGAUCUCAUAUAUCCUCUGAAAAAAAUAUACCCUGGAAAAAAUUCUUUGCAAAGGCAAAUUUAGGCAUUUCACUCUGUUGCAUAUUUUCUCUACCACUGGCCAUUAUUUUAGGGACCCAGAAAUUUAAUGUCACAAUCAUUUUGUGCUUGCGCUCACUCAUACACACACACUCUCUCUCUCUGUCACCCACUUUCAACAAAAUCGAACUGUGAUGUGUCUUCUUUGUACGUUUAGGUAUACAAUGCUAUGCAAGUUUUUCUUUCUAGUAAGAGCUUUAUUUUCUUUAAUCAUAUAGCCCCCACUUAUAUGUUUUAGCCUUCCUUCUCCCUCAGAAUAAGCAGAAAACAUAAUGGAUGAUAUCAUAUUCUAGACACAAGAAUGGAAACUGUGCAGUCCGUGGAGCUGAAAUUAACAAUGAAUUAAUUGAAUUAAUUCUACAAUGAUUUUGAUUUCCAUUUUAGUUGAUUAGCUAGUAAGUUUUUGGCUAUUGCUUUUCUCGAACGAGGCCCACACAGUGAAGGGAUGAGACAGUCUGUGCAGGUGGUCAGUAAAAGCAGUGAACCGCCUCAACUUCAGGACAAUGACAUGGGGUUUUGUGUAUUCACCUGGAUAAUUCACUCCCACCGCCCCCCUCACCUUGGCUGUGUAGAUAAAACUAUGUGUUCAAAUGAUGGUACUUGGACUUUUGAGUUGUUUUUCCUUUUAUUCACAGAAUAAUCACUCUUAUUUAUUUGCAUUGUGUGUCUAACCCCUAGGGAUAUUUGGCUGCUAAAAUGAUUUACUCUGGGCCAAGGUUGGAGAGGUUCUUUCACAUCUUAUGGGAUUCACAUGAUCAUUUGGGGCUUAAGGGGUAUAUUGGGAACUAGUCCUGUGAAAUGGUUAGGAUGAUUGCAAAAGGCUCCGUUGCUAGAAGAUGCUCCCGAAGAGAGAUAAUCUGGUUACAUCUUGUAGUGCAACAUGACAAAGAUGGCUAAAAUGGAAAGCAGACCCCAUUUGUAAUCACAUACCUGAGGCGCUCACCUACACCAAGGUGAGAAACACAUCAUGGGAUGUGUAAUAUGGUAUGUGUCUUAGGAAAACUGCUCAACAACCAUCAGUGGUGGAGUAUGCUUCAAGGUAUUUGGGCCUGUUUUGCUGGCAUCGUUAUAUAUUCUGAGGUGUUCAGUCCACAGUCAAAGUUGAAGGUGCAGGCCAAAAUGGUGAACAAAGCCACACCCACUGGCUUGAUGCUGUCUGACCAAGUGAGAUGAUUUCAGAGAGUAGGCCACCAGCAUGCAGAGGAGACUCCUAAGAAAGAGGCAUAGUCAUGAUCAUAGAGAUAUUACUGACCACCAAUCAUGUCCAGGGUCAUCAUACCUGCUUGUUUAAGGAAAUGGGUUUGAUCAUGGAGGGACCCUGGGCUUUCCUCAAAACUACCAGACGCAUUAGUGGGCCAUCACAUGGGACAGUCACAGGCAGAGACUGGACUGUGUUCCCCUCGUACUACCCAUGAGAAAUAUUGCAAUUUCUAAUUAUCUGGAUGUUGGUUGAAAAUACACUAAAAUUUCCCCUGCCCUGAGGUUAAAAAAAAAAGGGGGGGUGUCAUUUGACCAGUCUGGUAAGACAUAUUAAUGAAGUAGUUAAUAUUACAGAUCCAUUUUCUACCAGUGCAGAUUAUAAUGGUCUCAGACAUUUCACAGGAGUCAGAACUUCCCCACUGAGGACAUGCUCUUCGUGUGAGCAGAGCAUCCAUUCCUAACACAGGGUGCAGAGGUGGUCCUGCAGGCCAUAGCAAACUUUGACAGUGAAGUGGUUACUUUCCAUUGACGUCUUUGUUCAUAACACCCUUCUCUAACCCAUCACAAGGAGACAUUACGCUUCACUUUAGAAGGUGAGAAUAACUUUGCUAAUGACUUACCUUUCCAGCUACUUGAGAAAGCGAAGCAGGAAAGAGUGCCCAACUGGGAAAGAGAUAUAUACACACAACAAACAAAAGACCCCUUCCAGUCCUCAAUUCUGUCAAACCUUGCCUGAGGCUCUUAUGUUUCACACAAAACUCUAAUAUAGAAAGCUGUCAUGUACAUCCUUCUCUGAUGUCUUCAGCAGGAUAGAAAGACAGUACUGGCGAUGGGGGAUGCUUGUCACCGAGUGUGGGGAGAACGUUUUUGUACACAUAUGACACUGUUGUUAGAAUACACAAGUCAUGUCAUUUUACUAAGCGCCUCGUUUACCUAGCAGCACACCCACCAGAAGAGCACAAAGCAAGGCCAUCACAACAGGCAUUUUUAAACAAGUGUAAAAUACGUGUGUGCACACAAACACACAUGCUGGGUCAUUUGUAGAGAGAUGGGAUGUCAGAUUUAUAACAUUUCGGAGGCAAGAUGAAGGCGUUGCCACUGUGUGUCCCUCAGAGGACCAGCAUGUCUUCACUGAGUGUUAACCCUGAUGAUGUGUUAUUGUUUGAAUCAUAUGUUGAUUUGCUUCUGUUCUCGUGAGUACCCGUUGACAAGGGACUGCAAGGGGCUGGAAGAUUCUGCAUCGCUCACCCUCUGAGACCUACCAUGUCGCACACUUUGUUAACUACAAAUUCACUCUACACUAUACAGUACCUUGUUGAUAUAUUCAGUAAAGGCUUAUUUUAAAAGAAAACCACAUUGUGUUUAUCUGAGUACAUUUUGUUGGGUUACAGCCAGUGCUUGUUAAUGGUAGAGAAAUGAGGAAUGGUUCUAGAUCAUACAGGAAGAGGGCAGGAAUGAAGGAGAGAACAGGAUUUUUGUUCCCUCCUAACCUUGAAGACAGUGUUGGUGUUUUAAGAUCAUUUGACUCUAGUCAUGUAAAGGUUUUACAUGAAAUCUUCAUGUUCUCUUCUAUUAAAUCAUGCAUUCCUAAAAAUAUAUUUAAAAUGUAAACACAUACUUUGAGCAUAUUAUUUUGUAUUUGUGAAGCCUAUCUUAUUUAGCAUAUAGGUAAACACCAGUGUAGUUAUCUAAUCAGAGUAGUCUUUUUCCCUUAUAAAUUAUUGGCCUUAAAUGUCAAUUUUCCUCAAGAAUUCUUUUGGUUUUCUACUUGAAAAUUUUUUAUCGAUCGCUCAUCUACCUAUACCUUUAAUUAGCACUCAUGAAAAACUUAUCCAUAUGCCCAAAUUUGACUCUGGAUUAACCUUAUGAUCUUCCAGCCCCUCCCCCCUCUUUUCUAAAUCCCCUCUGUGCCAUUUCAUUAAUAAUAUGUUAGAGAUCAAACCAGGAAAUAAAAUCAGGACACUACAGUUAACUAGUAUUAAUUAUUUGUAGAAUCUCUGUUGGAAAAAUAACUAUCAAUGGCAGUGGUACUCAUAUUAAGUUUGGGAUAUUUCAUUCAAAAUAAUAUUCAUGUAUUUCGGGCUACUUUUAUCAAGGGUUAAAGACCUUAUUCUAAGAAGACCAGAUCCUUAUUUGAGGAAUACCAUUCAUUCAAAAAAGUUUAUUAAACUUCUGCUCUGUUCCAGGCACUGGGCUGUGUUUAGAGGUCUUAUAGGCAACUAAAAUACAGUCUUAGCCAUAUAAAAUAUACCUUCUACUCCACAAUGUUCUAAAGAAAUGUGUUUGCUUGUUCAAUGUAUUUACUCCUCAUCCACUUUAUAUGGAGGAUCAUGUUAGGUUAUAGAGGGGAUCAGAGAAAAGUAUGACCCUACUGCUAAGGAGCUCACAGAUUACAUAAUAAACUCAUGUUCUCACUCA